AUGUCAGUGUGUCUAUCUUUGCUUUUCCCUGACCCCAUUCUGGCAUCUGGCGUCGUCUUGUGGCUUAACUCCGGUUUACGAGAAGAAGAAGCACAGCUCCUGAUAACCGGAGAAUUGGUUGCUGCUACCCUCCAUGAAGAAAGGAAGUUAAACCUAAUCGAUAACACCGACACUUUGGGUCUUCCUUCAUUGGGAUUUGGCCAGCGAUAUUCACCCGCUGUGAAGUCAAGCGCGGAUGAUGCUAUGAUGAUUCCCGACCAGGCUAUGAUGAUAACCCCGUUAACUUGUUUGCAAAUGAACAUCGGUUGCACAAAGCAGGCAUGGGCAUCCUGUUUUUCGUCCACAUUCCCAAGAAAACAAAUGAUAGCGAGGUGCAACGCUCCACCAGCCUCUUCGAAUCACUGCCAGCGACUUUCAUCUUCUAGUUUACCCGUCUGGUAUAGAGCAGAGGCAGGGCAAUGCAAACCAGUCGAGUUGAAUAAGCAGGCGAGUGGUACAGCACAAGUACCUCCGUAUGUAAACGGGGCUAUUGAUACCGACGAAAACCUCGAUGGAACCCCGGCAAUACGACUAGCGACUAAACCGCCGCGGAAUACCCGGUCACUUGGCUCCAAUCCCACCAGCAUUCCGAUCUUGAUAUGCAGGGAGACACCGGCGCCAUUGUACCACACCAUAUGGUGA